CGCUUAACAUUACGUGACACUUAAUUAGGAAUUCUUCUACAAUAUAAGCUUGGAAUUCUGCCAGACGCCUAUCAGCGGUUUUAUAGUGAAUGCAUUGAUCGUUGUGCACGCCGGUGCCUGAGGCGCAAAUCUGUGCUGCAUUCUUUCCUGCCGGAAACAAGCAACAUAUCCAGCUUGUGUCUAAAUGGCCUGUGAAGGUCAAUCUAAUUCCAGAUGUGAAACUUCCCUUUGGGCAGAGCAGCUCACAGAUGAGCAGAAAAAUGAGUUCCGGGCAGCGUUUGAUAUUUUCGUUCAAGACGCUGAGGAUGGCUGUAUCAGCACUAAAGAACUGGGCAAGGUGAUGAGGAUGUUGGGUCAGAACCCCACACCAGAGGAACUCCAGGAGAUGAUUGAUGAAGUGGAUGAGGAUGGCAGCGGUACGGUGGAUUUUGAAGAGUUCUUGGUCAUGAUGGUGAGAUGCAUGAAAGACGACAGCAAAGGAAAAUCAGAAGAAGAGCUGGCGGAGCUCUUCCGAAUGUUUGAUAAGAAUACAGAUGGCUACAUUGAUCUUGAGGAACUGAAGCUGAUGCUGGAAGCUACAGGUGAAGUCAUCACUGAAGAUGACAUUGAGGAACUCAUGAGAGACGGAGACAAAAACAACGAUGGAAAAAUCGAUUAUGAUGAGUUCCUGGACUUCUUGAAAGGAGUGGAAUAAAUGAAGUGAAAGAAGGUCUUCAUGAUGUUUCACCUUUCAAUUAAAUAGUAAACAUCUUAUAUGCUUGAUUCAAAAUAUCUUUUUCAAGGAUCCAUCACAGCUGUUGUAAAUACGAUUCAUGAAGUAAUUUAUUUACCUUUAAGAUUUAGCUUAAGGUGGUUUUAAUCUCUUUACUCAUUCAUGGAAAACAUUUCACCCCAGAUAAAUUGAAAUAAAUGUGAUGUGGUGCCACAAUCAUACAGUAUGACACCCAGCAUGGAUGUGGU